AUGAACGUACCGCAACACAUUUCGGUGGACGGGGACGAAACAAUUCAUCGGCAAAGGCCAAGAAGUAUUACUGACGGAUCAGAUUUAGCUUAUCAGAUGAAUGUACCUGAACGUAUAUUAGUUGCCGGAGGCGAUAAAAUUGUCAGCGAAAGAGCACCACCACCUGAACUUAUUGCCGAUCGUCUUCUUUCUAUCUAUCCAACUGAAGAAUUGAGUACUCCACCGAAAAAAUUAACAUUAGAUAUUGCAACUUAUCCUGAUAUUGAAGAGGACUCUCAUCUGCAUUCCGUGAACAGCGGCAAUAUUCAAGAACAAAGUAUGUCAGCAGAAUCAAUAGCAGUUGAUGAAAAUCCUCUUCGUGAGUUGAAAAAAAUGUCGAAGCAGUUAAUUCGUCUUUCAAAUCGUUUAUAUCAAUUGCAAGAUGAACAAGAACGUCGAAAAACUCGUGAAUCCAUCGCGCUAAUACAACUGUUUUUUUUAACAGGUGCUGUCAUUUACUUAUUCUUGAAAAGAAAAUGA